CGGUUUGUAUGUGCUGAGACCCGCGAGAGAAGAGGCAGCAAGUCCAGGUCAAGCAGGGAGAGCAGCAUCCCCAGUACAGAGCCCUGGUACCGGUAACAGCACAAACAGGAGCCCCGCAACACAGAGAGAAGACAAUCCCUUCACACACACAACCAUCAAAGUGUGGCUGGGGGAGCGGGCACCGCACCGAACAUCACGAGCUGAAAGAGAACCCAAAGUCCCACAUCCAGUGGCCAUCUGCACAGAGAGGAGACUCCAUGUCCCGUCCCCUGAACCUCACAGACACAGAGAAGUCCUUCCCCAGACAUAGGUAGGGACAUCCUGCUGCACCAGGUCAGGAAGAUUCUCUUAGAAUCCCCAGAAAGAGAAGGAAUGCCCUUAUGUUAGAGAGUGGCCCGCUUUAUAUGAAUCUGGGACCCAUGAGUAAUUUGGCACAGAGGAACCAAGCUGAAGCCAGGCCAAGAAAUCUGGAGACCCGUCCCAGGCUGGUGUGAACAGGACCUGAGUGUGCAGACCCUUCUCACUGUGUUCUGUGACUCCGAUGGACGCUGUGACAGGCUGAGUCUCUGCUGAAGACCCCUCCGAGUGUUUGAACUGCUUUAGGGUACUUGCCCUGUCCUUUUCUUAGUCGCCCUUUGACUCCCAGUAGCUUAUAUGAGUGCAGCCUUCCAACCUCCUCUCAUGAUGAUGCAGCGUCCCCUGGGCAGCAGUACAGCUUUCAGUAUAGACUCACUGAUAGGAAGCCCACCUCAGCCCAGCCCCGGGCACUUUGUGUACACAGGAUACCCCAUGUUCAUGCCAUACAGGCCUGUGGUUUUACCCCCUCCUCCCCCUCCGGCUCUGUCCCAGGCAACUUUGCAGUCAACUCUCCCCUCCACUCACCCUCAUCAUCAGAUCCCUAGCCUGCCCAGCGGAUUCUGCUCCAGCCUGGCACAGGGCAUGGCACUCACUUCCACCCUCAUGGCCACCCUCCCCGGAGGGUUCUCAGCCUCACCCCAGCACCAAGAAGCGGCCAGGAAGUUUGGAGCUCAGAGUCUCCAGGGUGGAUUCGAUAAAGGCGACAGUGGCCAGUCUGAUGGAGAGGAGGGCAACAAGACUUAUGUGACCAAAGAGGGGACCAUAUUGCCUUUUGCUUCAUCAGAAUCUUCUCUGGGUCCUAUGCGGGCACAGGGUAAAGAAGACACGGGAAAGGAUGAGGAUGCGAAGGGGAAGGAGGACUCCUACCUGAUGGACAGUGACCUAGACUACAGCUCUGAUGACAACAUCUCGUGUCAGGCGACCCACAAGGAGGAGGACGCCCCGGAGGAGAGUCCCCAGAACCCCAACCCGUCCAGUAACAGCACCUCUACCGGAAAGAACCGGCGGCGGAGAACGGCCUUCACCAGCGAGCAGCUGCUGGAGCUGGAGAAGGAGUUCCACUGCAAGAAGUACCUGUCCCUCACCGAGCGCUCCCAGAUCGCACAUGCCCUCAAACUCAGCGAGGUCCAGGUCAAAAUCUGGUUCCAGAACCGCAGAGCCAAGUGGAAGAGGGUCAAAGCCGGCAAUGCAAACUCCAAAACCGGGGAGCCCUCCAGGAACCCCAAAAUCGUGGUUCCCAUUCCAGUCCAUGUCAGCAGGUUCGCCAUCAGGAGCCAACACCAGCAGCUGGAGCAGGCUAGACCCUGAACUGGACUAAUUACCGAGCCGAGAGUCAGGCUGAUUAGUAGCCAUGGACAGGAGGGCUGAGGUCACCAAUUAAUUCUAGACUUUCUGGAGGACAGCAAUCAGAACUCUAAGUAUUUAUUACGGGAAGAGGGACAGAGGGACCUGGUGACCAGGCACAGGGUAAGGUCUCCUUAUCCGGGACAAAACUAUGGACAUAGAGUCCAAGAGACAAGCUCACCUUCUCCGAGUCAUUUCCAGGUCCUCCAGUUUUUUGGGGACAUAAAUCCCUUCUUUUGGACAAACCGGUGUUUGCUUCCCCCAGAGCUUCAGAUUAUGUUGUGAUUAAUUUAUUUCGUGUCGCAUAUUUCUUCUAAUUUAUAAAAACUCGAACAAAACUCAAGUCUUGUGAAACUUAAUAAUGUUACUAAUAAUAAUAAUAAUAAUAAUAAAUAAUCCCAUGUGGCCAGUCUGGGAGAUUUGGGGUCAUUCCAGAAGGUAACAUGAAGGGCUUGUGAUGGGUCCCAGCUAAUCUCCAUCAAAACCCUCCUGGGACUCAUUUUGUCAAAUGUGAUCUGUGUGAUGUGGAGGGGAGUCACCAGAUGAAGGUCUGUGUGGGAUUUUAAUAGAGCAGCACAUGUGGGGUCUGUUGGACAAGAAAUAAAUGAAUGUACAUUUUCUUCUGA